CCCAAACCUCCCCAAAAAUAUUAUCAAACAAUAUUAAUCAUACCAUUUACCUUAGAAAAAAAAUGUAUAGGCAAUAUAAAUUUUUACCCUGGCACAACAGUCAUAGUACCAUAAGGAAAAGAUGAAAAAACUGAGCAAAGCAUUAAAAAGCAAAGACAAGCCCUUACACAUUCUGAAUAAUGUGUAAACUAGAAAUAACUUUACUCAGAGAACAAUAGCCAAGUCCCCCAAAAUCAGAAGAGCUACUCAAAAACGCUAAAAGAGCACAUCCAACUAUGUGGAAAUAGAAUGGGAAAAUUCAUGAGUAGCGGUGACAAGCCUACUGAGCCUGGUGACAGCUGGUUGUCCAAGAUAGAAUCUUAGUUCAACUUUAAAUUUACUCACAGUAUUACUUAAUCUCCCUGUAAGUUUAACUGUUACUCUAAAUUGGGACAGCUCUUUAGACCUCAGGAAACAACCUUCGUACAAAGAAUACAAAAUAUUACCACCCUAAUUGGUCCCAAAGCAGCCACCAAUUAAGAAAGCAUUCAAGCUAAACAUCCAAUUAUCUUAAAUUCUAAUCACCAUACUAAACUUUUAACAUCACAUUGGACUAAACUAUUACUUAAUAUAAACAAUAAUGUUAAUAUAAGUAACAUGAAAAUAUUUUUUUUGCAUAAGCUUACAUCAGACCAGAAUAAUUCACUGACAGCUAACAGCCAAAUAUUAGUAAUUGAUAUAAUGUGCACCCUAUUAUUUAUACUGUUAAUCCAACACAGGUAUGCUUUGAGGAAAGAUUGCAAAAGCUAAAAGGAACUCAGCAAAUCUUACCCUGCCUGUUUAACAGAAGCAUCACCUCUAGCAUUACUAGUAUUAGAGGCGCAGACUGACCAGUGAAAAAUGUUCAAUGACUAAGGUAUCCUGAACGUACAAAAGUAGCAUAAUUACUUGUUCCCUAAAUAGGAACUUGUAUGAAUGACCAUAGGAGGGUUCAGCUGUCUCUCACUUUUAAUCAGUGAAAUUGAUAAUCUAUCCAUGAAGAGGCGGAUAUAAACAAAUAAGACGAGAAGAUCCUAUAGAGCUUUAAUUCAUUAAUGCAAAUAAAACCUCAAAAGAGCCUACAGGCCCUAGUGUACUAUCCCUGCAUUCAAAAUUUGGGUUGAGGUGACCUCGGAGCCUAAUUCAACCUUUGCACAACCCAAACUAAGACUACAGUAGUCUAAGCGAGUUGACACACAUUGAUCCAGUAAUUUGAUCAAUGACAUAAGUUGUCCUAGGGAUAACAGCAUAAUCCUAUUCUAGAGUCUAUAUCAACAGUAGAGUUUAAAACCUCCAUGUUGGAUAAGGACAUCCUAAUGGUGCAGACACUGUUAAGGAUUCCUUUGUUCAAGGAUUAAAGUCCUAUGUGAUCUGAGUUCAGACCAGUGUAACCCAGGUCAGUUUCUGUCUAUUUAACGUUUCUCCUAAUAUGAAAGGACAAGAGAAAUAGGACUCACUUCAUAAAGCACCCUUGCCCAACAGAUGACGUUAUCUUAAUCUAACAUAUCACCACACACACUACUCAAGAACAGGGUUUGUUAA